AAAUAAAAUUAUAAAUCACAUCUGUUUCCGAUAAAUCUCUAGCGUGAAAAUCGUCAAUAUAUCAAAAUAAAAUAUUAGAAAUGGGGAAGAUUAUGAAACCUGGUAAGGUAGUUCUACUGUUGGGUGGUCGUUAUGCGGGUAAGAAAGCUAUAGUUGUUAAAAAUUUUGAUGAACCAACUCAAGACAAACCUCAUCCCCAUGCUCUUGUGCUUGGUAUUGAAAAAUAUCCUAAAAAAAUCACUAGAAGAAUGGGAAAGAAAAGGAUAAUUAGAAGGAAUAAGAUUAAACCAUUUAUAAAAAUUAUAAAUUAUAAUCAUUUGUUACCAACGAGAUAUUCUGUUGAUUUGCCUAUUAGCAAAAAUUUAGUUAAUAAAAGUUCCUUAAAUGAUCCAGCCAUGAAAAAGAAAGCUCUCAGUGAUAGCAAAAAAAAAUUGGAAGAGAGAUACAAAACUGGCAAAAAUAAAUGGUUCUUCACCAAAUUAAGAUUUUAAAGAUAACUUGAAAGAAAUUAUUUAUAUUUCAUUUUAUCUAUAUAGAAUAUGGAUAUUACUGAUCAUUGUUUAUUAAUAAAUAUUAUUUUACUAUUAA